AUGCCGGCGGGAGUCGACUGGCAGACGCAGGGGAAAAUCGCACGUAAGUAUGCGAGCAACAUGACCCAGACAAAGAUAGCCAAGGAUCUACUCUUGAACCGAAAAACAGUCGGAAAGUACUUGCGCUUGUUCCACGAGGGGGCGCUGGGCGGUUUGGGGACGCGGAAAGGGUGUUGGAACAAGAUCAGGAAGAACUCUCAGGAGGUCAAGGAAGUCUACGCGCAACUCGUCUCUCAAUACCCUGCUUCCUACAUGAUGGAGUAUGCCGACCGUCUGACGGUGAUUUUCGGCGUGAAGUUCACCGUCCGGAACGUCCAGGACCUCAACAAGGAACUGAACAUCCGCAGAACCAAGAUGGGCGGGUACUCGCAUCACGUGGACCCCGAGCACGCGCAUGAAUGGGAGCAAACGAUCCUGCACGCUCCCGGCCUCGAGGUGCACCACUUUGUGUUCAUGGACCAGGCGCACUUCUUUUGGAACAACCUGAACCGCACGUUCGGCUGGUCGCGCAAGGAUCAGCGAAUCAGUGUGCAGCAGGUGUGUCGCGGGGAAGUGCGGCACGUUUCCGCGGCGGUGUUCGCCUCCAUUCACGGCAUCCUCCACAUCUCGCUGACGGAGUCCACCUUCAAGGGCCAGGACAUGGAGAGUAUGGUCGAGUCUCUGAUCGAGGACGGCAUCAUCUCCGCGUUCCCCGGGACGGGCUGCCUGCUGGUGCUGGACAACGCGUCGAUCAACGGCACCGCGCCGCUCAAGGAGGCCCUGUGGGGCGCCGGGGCCGCGCCGCUGUACACGUCGCCGUACUGCCCCUGGCAGCAGCCCAUGGAGCUCGCCCACAACACGGUCAAGGCCCUCCUGAGGAAGCACGGGGCGCAGCUCCUCGCGGAGGGUUACAGCUUGAUGGACAUCCUGUUCCCGGCGUACGAGUGGGCCUGCACGCCGGAAAAGAUGAAGGGGUACAUUGCCCACGUUCCCGGCAACAUCUACAAGGCGUAG